AGGGUGUUGCUAGAGGGCUUCUUUAUCUCCAUCAGGAUUCCUAUGUGAAGGUGAUACGUAGAGAUUUAAAAGUCAGUAACAUUCUCUUAGAUGAGAGAUUGAAUCCAAAAAUCUCAGAUUUUGGAUUGGCAUGCAUGGUUGAAGAAACACAAGGUCUAGAAAAUACUCAGAAGGUUGUUGGAACAUGUGGCUAUAUGUCUCCAGAGUAUGCCAUGGGUGGGAUAUUUUCUGAAAAAUCUGAUGUCUACAGCUUUGGAGUCCUGGUAUUAGAGAUUAUAAGCAGCAAGAAGAAUACCAGCUUCUAUUUUUAUGACCAACAACUAGGCUUCCUUGCCUAUGCAUGGAAGUUGUGGAAUGAAGGCAGGGCGUUGGAGUUUGUAGAUGAAGUAUUGGGUGAUUCAUAUUCCUCAUCUGAAGUAAUGAGAUGUGUGCAUGUUGGGCUUCUUUGUGUACAGGACAAUGCUGCGGAUAGACCAACCAUGACGGAUGUAGCUUCAAUUCUAAGCAGCGAGAAAGAUGGUCCACAUCCGAAGAGGCCUGUAUUCACUAUCCAAAACUCAGUUUAUCAUCCUGGACCAUACUAUGAAAAUACAAAUUCCUCAAAAAAUGAAGCUAGCAUUACAAUAAUUGAAGGACGGUAAGCAACAACAAAUUGGUACAUCGCAAUGCAAUGCCUUUUGGUGAUUCUCAAGGGGUUCUUGUACAUAUUAAAGGCUUUCUAGUUGGUAGUAUGUGGAAGUCUUUUUCGUUUAGAAGAUGCUCCAAAAGUCUAUAUUGAUGCUUUUACAAAUUUUAUGCACAAAAUAUUAAGUAUGCACUUGGUGAUACCAUUUUUAUGUAGUCUAAUACUUUUUGCUUUAUUUUGUGUUGUUUUAAUUUUUUAUCUUUUGAUGGAAC